AUGUUCACUUUUAUAGCAGUAGAGUAUAUCGAGCGCUGGACAAAGCAGCAUGGAAAGCGUCUCGAUCACGAUGAGCGAGUCCGCAAGCGCCAAGCGCGUGAAUCCCACAAGCAAUCACACAAUGCCCAGAACCUCACUGGUCUGAGGGCCAAGCUGUACCAGCAGAAGCGUCACAAGGAGAAGAUCCAGAUGAAGAAGCGCAUCAAGGAGCAGGAAGAGAAGAAUGUCAAGUCCUCCGCUCCCGACGAGCCCUCCAAGACUCCUCUGCCCCAGUACCUGCUCGACCGAUCCCAGGCUACCAACGCCAAGGCCCUGUCCAGUGCUAUCAAGGAUAAGCGAAAUGAGAAGGCUGCCAAGUUCGCCGUCAAGGGUAUCAGUGAGGAGGAGAUGUUCAAGGUUGUCAACACCGGAAAGAAGACUCACCAGAAGUCCUGGAAGCGCAUGAUCACCAAGCCCACUUUCGUCGGUAGUGACUUCACUCGUCGCCCCGUCAAGUACGAGCGUUUCAUCCGUCCCAUGGGUCUGCGUUACAAGAAGGCCAAUGUCACACACCCCGAGCUUGGUGUCACUGUCCAACUGCCCAUCUUGUCCGUCAAGAAGAAUCCCCAGAACCCUCUGUACACUCAGCUGGGUGUUCUGACCAAGGGUACCAUUAUGGAGGUCAACGUCUCCGAGCUUGGUCUUGUUACCACCAGCGGUAAGGUUGUCUGGGGUAAAUGGGCUCAGGUCACCAACGUGCCCGAGAAUGACGGUUGCGUCAAUGCUGUUCUCCUCGUCUAG